AUGUUCAUCUAUCUUUCUAUCUAUCUAAUCCAGUCUAUUCCAUAUUCAUCUAUCUAUUAUCUAUCUAACCCAGUCUAUUCCAUAUUCAUCUUAUCUAUCUAUCUAACCCAGUCUAUUCCAUCUAUCUAUCUAUCCAACCCAGUCUAUUCCAUGUUCAUCCAUCUAUCUAACCCAGUCUAUUCCAUAUUCAUCUAUCCAUCUAUCUAUCUAACCCAUCUAUUCCAUGUUCAUUUAUCUAUCUAUCCCAGUCUAUUCCAUAUCCAUCUAUCCUAUCUAAUCCAGUCUAUUCCAUAUUCAUCUAUUAUCUUUUCAUCUAUCUAUCCAUCUAUUCCACCCAGUCUAUUCCUUUCUCAUCUACCUAACCCAUUCUAUUUCAUUCUUUCUAUUAUCCAUGUAUCCAUCUAUUCCAUCUAUCUAUCUAUCUAUCUAACCCAGUCUAUUCCUCCCAUCUAUCCAGUCUAUUCCAUCUGUCCAGUUUCCUUUUCAUCUAUCCAUCUAUCUAUUCCCAGUCUCAUUCCAUUCAUCUAUCUAUCUAAUCCAGUCUAUUCCAUAUUCAUCUAUCUAUAUACCCAGUCUAUUCCAUAUAUCAUCUAUCUAUCUAACCCAUCUGUACCCAUCUAUAUUCCAUCUUCUAUCUAUUCAUCUAUCUAUCUAACCCAGUCUAUUCCAAUUAUCUAUUCUAUCUAUCUUAUCUAUCUAAUCCAGUCUAUUCCAUAUUCAUAUCUAUCCUAUCUAUCUAUCCAUCUAUUCCAUGUUCACUUUCCUUUUUCCCAUCCAUCUAUCCAUCUAUUCAUCCAUCCAUUUUAUCUAACCCAGUCUAUUCCAUGUAUCUAUCCAUCUAUCCAUCUAUCUAACCCAGUCUAUUCCUAUUCAUCUAUCUAUCUAUCUAUCUAA